AUGAAUCGACUUCUUUUGUGUGUCCUGCUGGCUGUUCUAGCUGACAUCGUAAUCAGUGAUGUCUAUCUUUCUACCUGUGCCAGAAUGGACGUUCCUGUUCUAGACAAAGCCGCCAGAGCUGCUUGUAUUACAUCGUGCAGCGUGCAGAACUGUGGCACUGGCUACUGUGAGAACCGAGGUGGCCGAAAGACCUGUGUGUGCUCUCGAUGUGCUGACGGUGGAAACGUUCCUCUUGAUCUUUUGAUUAAAAAGAAAGGAAAGAAAUGA